UUCCGAUUUGCGUUCGCAUCAGCCCAAGAGAUUUCUGUUGUAAGACACGCCGAUGGAGAUAUUUUUAUGGUGGAAGGGACCUGUGAAAAGGCGUGCAUUCAAGUCAGCGGUGGUACAGCAUCAGCUUAUACACGUCAACAGUCCGUGGGAUUAAACAGUAACAACGCCUCGUGCAUCUGUCAAUGCAAAUCGAAUAUCCCAAUAUUUCGUGAAGAUCUCAACAUUUGCGUGAGCGAUAUUCACGAGUGCAGUGUCGCUGGAUUUCUGGGUACUUCUGGAGCUAUUGAGAAAGUGCCGUACGUUUUUCUACCGCAAUGUGGACAGAUUGUUUACCCACAAGCGGAGAUAUUAUUCCAAGGGGUGAAGACACCGGUCUGUGGAAUUGUUGGGGCUCAGCAGUUGGGAAAACCGGGCUGGUCGGAGUUGAGAAAUUUAUCGAGUCCGGAACCACCUUUUCGGCUAUUUCGCGAUGAGGGAAGGGCAUUUCUCAGGUGGAUUGGUGAAACUGAUCUCAGGGAAGCUGCGGAGGGAAAAAUUGUCGUUACCAGACUCACUUGCAGGGAUGCUGAUCCAAAUGCUAGUUAUCCUGGAGUUUUUGCACCGUGUGUGGCAUUCAGAAUUGCUGGCUCACCGUCGAAGAGCGUUAUCAGAGAAGUGUCAUUUGCACCAUCGACUCAAGGUGCCGGUGGUCUCUCGAGCUUCGAAUACACGGCAAUUGGGAUAUCCUCAGUACUCCUGGCGUUGAUUUACGUCGUGAGUGUUUGCCUUUACCUUCACAGUCAGAAGUCUCGUCGAAAGAAACUCCAGGAUCCGGAGAUGGCGAUUGCAACUGUUCGUGAGGGUCCAGGAUUAGUGAAAAAUAAUCCUCUACUGGCGUCGAGACACUUUGAGAGCGACUCCAACAGUGUGAGAAGCGAGAGCGAUCAAGGUGGGGACUUGAGUCCCAGUGACACUGAUCCUGGAUUUGAGAAAAUCACCGCUGCUGUUAUUCAUCCUCAGGCUUUCGUCGAGCAGACGGACGGAUUCUUCGGCUCGCCAAUCAUUGGUGAGAGAAUUCCCGAUGAGAAUGUCAGGAUUGUUGAGACCUUCGAGAGCACUCAUGCGGUGGAUAGUGCAAUGUUGCCUGGAGUCCAGAGACGAAAAUUAUAUUUCAAUCCUGCGUACUUUGACCGACAAUUCCUUCUGGCUCCUCCACCGGCAGCCAUCGAGUUUCUGCUAAAAAUUCGCGAAGUCAUCUCCAUUGCAAAGCACAAAAUGUCAGCUAAACGUUUCGUUCCGUCGCUAUCGGGAAUUCCUGAGGAGGAAUCAUCAUCCGAACGUUGUAGUUCUUCUGAGAACAAACGCGCAGGUUCAGUCCAGGGAUCUGUAACGCGUUCCAAAAAAUCCCAGAGAUGCACAGGUUGCCCUGGCUGCACAGAUUCUCGUCCCAAUCCUCCAAUUCUCCCAGACAACUCUCGUUCGAUUCCCGGUGAGAGCAGAGUAAGAGCAUGGCUGGCAGAUGUCAAGCCCCCAGAGCGUCGAUGGAGAGACACCGAAGAUCAUCAUAAAAAUUUUCAGGAGAACGUCAGAACAUUUGCAAGAAGUCUUGAGCAUCUUCGAGAGCCAAGAAAUGAUUUCUUGAAAUGUGAAUCGAAAAACGGUGGAACCAUUCCACUUGCCUCUUGGAAAGACAAUCCCCCGAUGCUGAGGACCUUCCAACAUAUUGCAAGAAGUGAAAUCAUGGGCGAUGACGAUCAACACAGCAUAUCAAAACGAUCAACAAAGUCAAUGUUCGAGGAUACGAAUUACGAUCGCUUCUGUCGAACCAGAAGACGUCAACUCGAACUGUCAAACGGCCCAGAAGACUUUCUCAAUGCCAAAGUCCGCAAAGCAAUCGAGAAUUCUUUCAUAAAGCAAAUGGAGGAGAAUGCGGCUCUUGAGAAUCAGAUGUUGGAAAAUAAGAGACACCCCGAGCAACGAUUCUCGCCGGAUGGAAGCUCGGAGAGGACCAGCAAAGAAUCACUCACACCAUCUGAAAUAAUAAAGAAAUCUCCCGGGAGCACGAUUAAACGGAAGAAGGCACAAGCACCUCCGAUUCCCACGAAAGACCUUCCAGACAUGAUACCAGAACUAGCCACUUCAAAAUUCCCAGUUAAAACCAUCAUGGAUGCAGUGAUAAAAGAGAUGGUUGUCGUAAAAGCUCUAGAACAUCAUCACAGACUGACAGAUUACGAGGUAGACAGCUUGGAGAGGACAAACCGUCGAAAACGCCAGAAGAAACAACAACCCAAGACUAACGAAUCACCAUUAUCCACUCUUACCUCAAGUACAAACAAUGAAAUAAAUAAAUCACAAGUACCUGAAAAUGAAACGAAGUGCAUUGAAACAAACAAUGAGGUACUCCGACGAAAUUAUUACAAUGCCCUGCCAGAAUUGAUUUCCCAACGGCCCGAGGGCUAUUCACUGGUUAGUGAAGUUUAUGUUAAUGAUGGUUACGCAAGUCCAGCGAACAGUGAUGAUUCAGGUCCGGAAAUAAGUUAUGAGCCGGAGAAUCCUGGACACUUAACGAUAAAGGUGCAAGAUUCACCGGAGAAUUAUGUUAAACAGGAUGAGUCCGAGUACGAGCCGGAUACACUCGACAGAAAGCCAAUGAGAUUAAAAAUAAAUGGCGAUGUGAUUUAUGAUAAAGAGCCAAUGAAUGAGUCUUAUGUGGAUUCGUUGGAGAGACCUGUACAAAUUUUAUUGAGAAGUAAAGGAAGUUUUAGAAAUGUCACACCAUCGGUUAGUCCCGAUGGCUCGAAAGGGUACGGAAGUCUCCGAGAGAUUUAUGAAGCUAAACUCCAUGGAAGUGUAGCAGAUACGAAUUUAGUCAGUAGUUAUGGCUCUCUUGAUGAUAAAUUUAAGGAGAACGGUACCUGGGGUUCAUCCAAGUAUUUGACGCCCGAUCAGAGACAAGCGAGAAGACAGAGGAAGCAGAAUCAACCGGAUGUGGUACCACUGCCACCAGCGGGAGAGAUCUAUGAGAUGUCCAAGUCUCUGGGGGAUAACGAGUCAAAAAACGGGUGGGACAGGAGGUCAGCUGAAGCAGGUGCCCCUACGGCCCGCGGACGCUCUCCUGUCCGUCUUCAAAAUCUCGUAGGGAUGAAGACACUCGACAGGAAAAUCUUGCCGGACUCCAGGAGACACCUGGAAAGCAUUCAGAAACAAUCCCUGAAGACGUUCAGGAAUGCCCAGAAUGGCAAGAUUGAGGACAGUGGAUAUUUGUCCAGCACUGAUAGUAAUGGAUCUCAGAGACAGGCUAUCAAGUACGACUUUGGAAGUGUCUCGGAAACUGAUGAGACAGAAUCGAUCUGUGAUGGUGCCAGUGAGAGUGGAGCAGAGAGUGUUGGCACUGAUAGUGUGUUCUUUGGAAAUAUUAGAGGACUCUCUCAUGGCGAGAGCUUCACCAAGAGCAUGGACUCGGGGGUGGAUAUUGGUGUGAGGAACAAUGGACUGAGAUCUUUGGGGGUUGAGAGACAGGCGAGCUUCAAUGCCAGUGAUAGUGAGAAUGAAAGUUUUGUCACUGUUCUACCGCAUGGGGGGAGCAGGAGAAGUAGCUUGGUGCUUUAAAAAAAAACUAAUUACAAACUAAUUAAUCAAAUUAUUUUACAAACUAGGCCCCAGACUUGCGCUAGCGCUGAAAAUGAAUAAUUUGAAUUGAAUUGAAGAGUUAACUUAUUUUUCCGCCAUUUUAAUUCUGAGAAAGGCGGCUCAUAAAAUGGCGGAAAACAUCGGGUAACUCCUCAGAUCUUCUGGGAUCGUACGAGGUUCUACCGAUAAAAAUAGAGGCAACAAUCGAGUAACUCCGCAAUUAUUCUGUUGUCCUGUUAUAAAACUUCCAUUUGAUUAAAAUUUUAACGAAAUGCGCUCUAAACUUUUCGAUUCAAUUUUCUUCGAAAUUUUAACAGGAUCACAGAAGAAUUAAAGAGGUGAUUCUUACCGCCAUUUAGAUUAAUAAGGCGAACGCUUCUUUUAAGGUAAAGUCGGAAGAGGUUGUAAUUAAUGUGCCAAUCAUCAUUAAGCAGAAGUGGCUGAUAGAUUAUUUUAAUUAAUGAUUAUUAGAUUUUUAUUUAACGUUUUAUUUGCAGGUAGCAAAUAAAACAAAAAGUUCGUUGGUCGGGUUUAGUUGUAGUAUUUAUAAUUUUCUAGCGAAUUCCGCUGGAAAUCUGUUCCGGACUGCUUUCAUUCAUUUAAUUGUAAAUAUUUAUGCUUUGUUUAUCUACUUGAUAUGUUGUAUGUUUGAGAUUUAAUUUUUUAAAGUAGAAUUUUUGUUCUGCGAGAACAUGUGGCCGGUGGUGCAAUACUAGAUUUAAAUUAAUUCAUUCAAUCUCAAUGGCUUCAAUAUACGACACGACUCUAGUCUAAUUUCUUUAUGGAAUACCGUUAAUACAUUGGGUAAAUAAUAAUCAAAAUAAGUCGUGUGCAAUUUUCAAAUUUGAUAAUUAAUUAUAGAAGAAGAAUAGGUCACAAUGAUAUCUUGCCAAAAAGGUAUUAUUUAAUGUCAAUAUUUUUUUAUCUUCUUUAGUAAUUUUUAGAUGGAACCGUUUUUUAAUUAUUUAACAUAGAGAUUGUUUAUUUAUGUAAUUAUAACUUCCAUUUUAUUUAUUUAUUUC